UCAACUUCUCCACCAUGACAAAACCAAGAAACAUCGGAGUUCUGUCUAAGCUCCUUUUAACGGCCUUGAUUUCUCCGAUUUUAGCAGUUUCCAGUUUAUCAAACGGUGGAGAUCAUGAGAGGUUUAAGAGACGUGAUCCUCUUAACAGCUUUACGUAUUACAACGGAAGUUUCGACGUUAGAGACAAACAUUACUGGGCAGCUACGGCAUUUACCGGAAUACACGGUUACUCCGUCGCCGGAGUGUUGCUUAUUGCCGGCGUCUGUUUCGGACUAUACCUAGCUUUCUCCGACAAAAGAAGACGCGUUUCUUCCACGCGAUGCCCAUAUCUGGACCGUUACUAUCUUCCUCUCUUUUUACUUCUCCUCCUCUUCAUGUUUCUCUCCAUGGCAGCGUCAGGAAUAGUUAUAGCAGCGAACCAGAGCUCGAAGAACAGAACUGAGGAGAUGAAAGAGACAAUAGACAAAGCAGGAGAAGAUGUUGAUAGAAACAUACGUACAGUGAUAACAUCGCUAACGAGAAUACAGUACUUGUUGCGUCCGUACGAUCAGAAAACGACUCAGCUGCUUAAUGUCACUAGCCAUCGACUCAGAAAAGGAUCUCUGCUUAUUCAAAGCUUUGUUCACACUAACAGUCCCACCAUUGAUCUCGCCAUCAACAUCUCGUAUGUAACUCAUCUUAUGAUUGCAUCAACUAACUUGUUUGUUCUGCUUCUGGCCUUUGCUCCUAUCUUGCUUCAUUGGCAUCCUGGAUUCAUUAUGGUGAUAUUCUUGUGUUGGAUCUUAACCACUCUUUCUUGGGUUGUAACUGGCUUUGAUUUCUUCCUUCACACAUUCGUAGAAGACGUUUGUUCAGCUUUCAGUGGUUUUGUACAAAACCCACAAAACAAUACAUUGUCAAGUCUUUCCCCUUGCAUGGAUCCUCUUCACUCUGAUAAAACCCUAAUAGAAGUCAGCUCAAUGAUCCGUAACUUCAUCACUGAGUUAAACUUAAAAGUAGCAGAUUCAAUGCGGUCUUAUUCAUUGACUGGUCGGAGUAAUACUGCAUCGCUGAUACCAAAAUCUGGACUGGUAUGUGAUCCGUUUGCUGGACAACAGAUUAACAGCUACACACCACAACGCUGCUCCAAUGGAGCCAUUCCAAUAGGCGAGUUCCCAAAGGUUCUUUCGAGAUUCACAUGCCACGACAAAGUUCCACCGGAAACCUGCAGAAUUACUGGGAAGUUCAUCCAGGAAGCAGCUUACCUAAGAGUCUAUGCUUACAGUGACUCAGCUCAAGGGAUGCUAGCCAUAUUGCCUUCUCUUCAAAACCUAACACAAUGCCUUUACGUGAAAGACACGUUAUCGAGCAUCGUCUCUAACCAGUGUAAACCCCUUAGGGCUUCCAUGUAUCGGCUUUGGGCAUCGAUGCUUGCUCUCUCUCUUGUCAUGAAGGUUAUGGUGUUGCUCUUCCUCGCUAAAGCUUUCCAAGAGAAGGGAAAGAGUUUUGCUUGGUUUUCGAUUUAUCCAACUUCUUCUGGAAAAACACGACAAGUGAAUAUAUAGAGUGGU